GGGUUGCAGCUGCCGAGAGGUUGAAGCAUGUGCCGAGGGUGCCUGGAGACCUUCCCCACCUGACCCUCCCUCCUCUGCCUGCCCUACAGGGCCCUCCCACGAGGGCCAGGGAGUUGGGGUGUCAGCCUCCCAAGAGCCCUUGGGGGUCUCCCUGAGGGUGCCUCUCUUCACUCAGAAAAAGGGCCCCGUUCGGUCCCAGGCGUGGUGAUGCUCUGGGUUGGGCUGGUUUGGAGGCAGGGGGGCAUUUAGUCCAGUGUGGCUCAGGCGCCGGGCUUGCGGGCUUCUCUCCUGCUCAGAGAAGGAAACGCCCCUCCACAUCCUCCAGGUGCCUUGGGGACCAUGAGAGUCCCUGCCACUCACUCAGGUUUGCUCACCCCACCCCCAGGGCUCUGUGAGGACAAGAUCCCUCACAUCUGGCACUUGGAGGGUGGGGCCAGGUGUGUGGGACGAGCAGGGUGGGACCCAGGGUGUAGGCCGGCGGAGCAGGCAGCCCUUAACCCACUCGGCAGGUUGGCCUGGGCUUCAACCCUCUGGCAUCUGUCUCCACAACUUAAUUAGAGAUCCAUGUGAAAGCAGGAUUUACUGAGAGCCAGCCGCGCCAGGUCCUGAGCUGGUGCUUUCACUGGGCGUGUCUCUCACUCCCCAGCGACCUUGCCAGGCAAUGUGGGCCUCCCCAUUUACAAAGGAGCCCAGAGAGGGUUCGAUUUGCAGAGAUCACACAGCACCAGAGUGGAAGAAGAGGGGAGGCAGAUGGACGCCUUGGCUCACGGUCCUCCACCCCGCUGCUUGUCACUGAUCACAGAGACAGUGUUGUGGGGAUGCAGGAAGGAGACGGUGCCUCCAGGAAAGACUCCUGGGGGAGGUGACAUCCGAGUUGUGCCUUGUAAGGUGUUGAUGGAGUUGGUGCCCAGGCAGACGGAGCUAUGGCAGCUGUGGGGGAAGCUGCGGCAGGAGGAGCCCCAGCUGGCAGGCAGCCUGGAGGGCUUAGUGGCCAAGAUGAGCCACCGCCUGCAGGAGGUCGGGGCCGACAAGGAGGCUCUGGAGCUGACGCUGAGGAAGCGUGCCUCUGACCACCAGCGCGAGGUGCGGCAGCUCUACGAGGAGAUGGAGCAGCAGAUCAGCAGGGAGAGGCAGCAGCUGCAGGCCCAGAGCGACUCCCGGGGCCUGGCCCUCAGCUCCCAGAUGCAGGAGGUCCUGGAGGCCAAGGAGCGAGAGGUGCAGAAGCUGGCCGAGGGCCAGAGGGAGCUGGAGGCCCAGCUCCUUCACCUCAGUAACACGCAGCUGGAGGCCAACUCCGAGAACCAGCAGCUUCGGGAGGCCAAGCACGACCUGGCUGGGCAGCUGGAGGAGAUGCAGGGUCGGCUGCAGGUCACCAGGAGGCAUCUGGAUGCUGCCAGGGGUCGAGUGUCCUGGCAGAUAGAGGAGAAGCCCAGUGUCCCCAGCUCAAGUGAGGAGCCCCCGCUGCCUGAGCAGCUGUUCGGGGACAACGAUGAUUGGGACCAGCUCCUGAACUUUAGCAGCCCUCCACACAAAGCCCUGCAGCUCUCCUGGAGCCCGCCCCCAACCCCAAGAGACACCUCAGGCCCCCAGACUCCCCGCGUGGUCAGGCAGAUCUCCAUCUCCAAGUCCCAUGCUUUUCUAUUUGGUCAGGAGCCAUCUUCAGAUCCAGAUGGGGCCCCAAGGAGCCCCCCUGGGGUGUCUUGCAGCACCAAGGAUGGGAAAGGAGUUGACCUGGAAGGGUGGGACAUUAGUCCAGAGUGUCCUGUCAAGUCCCAUGACCCAGAACCCGUCUGUGAGCCAGAACCGAACCGUGAGCCAGAACCAAGACCCCGGGCCCACUUCCCCUGGAGUCUGGGAGCCCCAGCUGGGGCGCCGGGCAGCCUGGUGGCAGCUGCACUCCACGGGCUCAUUCCUUCAGAGGAUGGGCCUGCUCCCCAGGGGGACACGCCCCCUCCCCAGGCCCCAGCUGGUGCCAGCAAACAGUUUCAGGUCCCAGAUGCAGAUGCCAAGGGCCCUGGGCCUGCCCCAGCCAAGCCUCCUAGGCAGCAAGAGGCCCUUCAGGAGCUGUUUGCCAUGGGCUCUGAGCCAGGCCCAGGGUUUCAGGGGGCCAUGGCCCUCACAGAGGGGUCAGCUGAACCUGCCCAGGGCCUGCCGUCUGCGGGUCAGACUCCCACAGGGGGGCUGGAGCAGGGCAAGCCGAGCCCAGCGAGGCAGGAGGGCUGGCCUGGGGGGCUAAGAGAGGCUCCUGGCCAGGCCCCCAGGUCAGGUGGGCUACCUACUUCCCCUCUCCAGAGUCCGAAAGAGGAGCCCAAGCCUGAGGAAGGAAAGCCAGUGGCCCGAGGCAUUCUGGACCUUGGUUCUGAGCAGGCAGUUGAGGCUCCCGGCCAGGAACCUGGGUAUCCAGAGUCCCCCCAGCAAGAUCCUCUGCGUGCCCCUCCCCCAACUGACCUACCCCAGGCUUCUGGGGAAUCAGAAGCCCCUGCUCCUGGGCAGCUGUCCCCUCCAGGGGGCUCUCCGCCCGGGGCUGCAGCAGGGUCCCAGGAGCCCAGUGGAACCCUCCCUGUGCUGGCUGAGCCGGAAGCACACCCCAGGCCCCCAGCCAUGACUGUUCUGGUGGAAGGAGAAGCAGGCCCCUCUCAACCCAGGGAGCCGAGGGCAGAGAGCAGGUCUGAGGACCCGGGAACCGACUCCAGGGAGGCUGGGCUGACCCCAUCCCUGGGGGACUCCAUGGCCAGAGAGCCUCCAGCUGACCCCGAUUACCUCUUCCACGUCAUCUUCCUGGGAGACUCCAACGUGGGCAAGACCUCCUUCCUGCACCUGCUGCACCAGAAUGCCUUCGCCGCAGGGCUGACAGCGACCGUGGGAGUGGAUUUCCGGGUCAAAACCCUGCUGGUGGACAAGGAGUGCUUUGCGCUGCAGCUCUGGGACACGGCUGGCCAGGAGAGGUACCACAGCUUGACUCGGCAGUUGCUCCGCAAGGCGGAUGGGGUGGUGCUUAUGUAUGAUGUCACCUCCCAGGACAGCUUUGCCCACGUGCGCUACUGGCUGGACUGUCUACAGGAUGCAGGGUCAGGCCACGUGGUCGUUCUUCUCCUGGGAAACAAGAUGGACUGUGAGGACAAGCGGCAAGUGCCCACUGAAGCCGGGCAGCAACUGGCCCAGGAGCUGGGGGUCUCCUUUGGGGAGUGCAGCGCUGCCCUGGGCCACAACAUCCUGGAGCCCAUGGUGAACCUGGCCCGGUCACUGAAGGUGCAGGAGGACCGCCUGAAGGGCUCACUGGUGGAGGUGGCCUCUGAAAGGCCCCCCAAGAGAGCUGGCUGCUGUUUCUGACCUCCUGUCCCACCCCACCUCUCGGGGCUCCAUGUCCCUCAGCUCCCAUUCUGCCUUCCUGGACAGGACAGCAGCCGGGGACCAGCUUGAAAGUUCAUGAAAAUCUUCCUCGAAUCAGGACUCAGAUGUCACCUCUGACCACACCCUCCAAAGGACUUCGCAGAGUGAAAUAAGGCGGGUGGGGGUGGGGUGGAAAAUUCUAGAAAACCAGCUUAAGGAAAAGA